AUGAGUUAGACAGAACAACAGGAGAAUAAUUAUGAUGCAUAAUACUUGGAGAUAUUUGGUUGCAAUCAUUCUACAAGAUAGAUGCAUUCUGAAAAAUUGAUUUGUCAAUAAUGCGGCAUAUUUAUCAACAGUGUAAUAGAGUUGUUUUAAAUUAAAGUCGACCACAAGAGUCUUCAAAACAAUCAAGAUGAAGUACAACACCUUUUCUCAAUCCCUUAAAUUAAUAUUGGGCAAUAUCUUGGCUCCUUUUGA